UUGUAACGAGCGCGAGGGGAGCAGGACGAACGUCACGGGGCUUAUUACGCAUAAAAAGAAUAUUUUCAGCGUUCCAAUCAUCGCAAUGCCUCGGAUUUAUGUUUUGUCAUCUUUGACAGGAUCCUUGUUGAGGGAAACCUUGUGAAUCUGACAUUGUGUGGUUCUGCUGCAAAGCUCGCGAGAGGGGUUACUUUACAGUUCCGCAAACAGAAUAAGGAAAACAUAUUUGGGGAAAGGGAGCGAUUGGCAUAAUACAAGGUAAAGGAGUCACCAAACGACCAUGGCAUGGCCCUGUAUCACUAGAGCCUGCUGUAUGGCUCGGUUCUGGAACCAGCUGGACAAGGCCGACAUUGCGGUGCCUUUGGUGUUCACCAAGUACUCGGACAUGUCCGAGAUGCAGCAUCUUCACCUGAGUCAGCCCGCGCGGAAGCAGCCGCACAUGAUCGCCAUACAAACGCAGCCGCUUCACAGCGGUCAAGAUGUGGUGACCAAAGGACCACAAGCCCCAGAGCAGAAUAUCAGCGGGUCCGUGAUGCGCCAGGACUUUAAACACUGGAAAGUUCGUCCUGAGCCCAGCUGCAAACCCAAGUACGAGUAUCACGAGCCGGAGGUUCCUUUUAAAAAAGAGACCCAAUAUCAGAAGGACUUCAAACCCUGGCCUAUCCCAAAGAGGGGGGACCAUCCUUGGAUUCCCAAACCCUCUCCGACCAUCUCAGUGGGCAAUGACCGAAUCCCUGACAGAUCCAAAUACACCCACGCCAACACAGAGAUGGACAGUGGGGUGGAAAAGGGCGAGAAGGAGAUCUUGUCCAAUGAAAGGAAAAAGAGGCAAAGCAAGAAAGUGGUUUCUGGCGUUAAGUUUGAGGGGCAAAGCGCAGGGGAUGCCACAACUACAGAAGGGAAAGGGAGGGUGGUAGUGGAUGCCCUCAACCGGCAGAUCAAACAGGAAGUCACCUCUGACAGCUCAUACAGGACUGAGUUCAAAGCCUAUACAGAAGUGAAACCUGUGAAACUCAUUAGGGCCAAGUCUCAGUAUCAGCCUCCUGAAGCGAGAACUGAUCUUCAAACAAGUUACAGCACCACCUACAAGGGCUACCAGUCUAAACCGCAGCCCGAUGACAACAAGGCGCUGGAUAGAAGGAGGAUUCGUACACUGUACCACGAACCUUACAGAGAGCUUAGUAAGGUGGACAGAAGUCUUCCUCGUUCCAAACCAAAAAAGAGCACCACAACGUCUGCCACCUCUGGCAAACCACUGAAGAAGUCCAAGGAGAAGCAGUUGACUUCGAUACGUGGUUCGAAGAAGAAGAGCUCUGAAAACCAGCCAGAGAGUAGAGCGGCACCAGGCGACAAGGAGAAAAGUAAAGAGAUCAACAACAAACUGGCUGAGGCGAAAGAUGAAUCUGAGUCUGGGCUCGGACAAGUCAGUGAUUAUUAUUCCGCGGGUACCUCUGGAGGAGAACCUCUGGUGGAACGGCCAGAACCACGGAGCCGGGGAGUAGUCCGGUUUGCUCCGGAUGUCAAAUACUGACACAAAUCACAAGACCGAUCAACUCUGCUUUUCACAGAGAUAUGAAGGGAGGCAGCUAUAGACCAUGAAGUAAAAAUAAAUAUUUAUAAAAUAAUUUUGCAGAGUGAGAGAGCACACUGUGGAAUUAGAGAACUGUAUGUAUAUAUUGUUUGUUACUGUAUAUAUUAACACUAAAUUGUGAGCUUCCAAAUUAGAAAAUUUAAAGAAACCUGCACUCCCAGACUGUUUGCAACCAUUGAUAUGGUGCUAUCCAUUAAUUUCUCGAACAUUCUUCAAAC